AUGGCCUUGCAUAAACAGAGAACAGGCUAUGCAGCCUACCUCCUGCUCACUUUUUGGUACUUCAUCACUCCCACGCUCGCGCGCUCCUACAGCCAAUACCAACACUUCUUCCCAGCCUGGGAUCCCAUCCUCCAAGACCAACUCCUCACACCAAACUGUACCGAACCUAUGGCCCAGUAUCGCAACCGCUCCGACCCAGACCGGCGAGUAGGCUACGGUGUGAUAGACUGUAUCCUCGAAACCAUGCCCGAAUUCCGCAAAGCAGAACUUGCUUCUUCCGCCGUCAUCCUCGGCCUAGCGCCUGCAAUUCUUCAAUUGAUGAGCGCCUCAUACCUUGAUACCGCUAUGUUGUCUUUUAGACGGCCUGGUCUGGCUUUCCUACUGUCGAUGGCCAGUUCAGGGGUGAGACCUCUUGGGGCGGGGGAGUAUGAUGGCUAUAUUGACACGAUGGGGACGGAACCCUUUCGCACAAAUUUUGGGAGGCCACAUUCUUCCAGCAUACCCGCGUUUGUGUCGGGACUGGAGUACACGGUCGCGACUGCAGCUGUUGCAAACAAUGCGUACCUCGCUUAUCAGCUUAGUACAUGGGCAGUCUGCACAUUUGCACCAGGACAGGACUUUCUUCCUGCUGUAUGGACUGUUGCGGCCGUGGCGAUACACCUUGUUGGAUAUAUCGCUGCAGGGUUGAAAGUGACCGUUAAAGAAGAAACGCCCGGUGGUCAUAGUGGGAUCUGGCAUGGACUCUGGGCUGAGCUCAAACCCACGCCAUGGCAGAGUAGGCUCGUCGUCACCAAAGACGACAGACACAGCGGCUGGUUCCUGGUACUGGUAUCUUUCCUCUAUAUCGGAGAUGCACUGCAGGUUUUCUUUGGAACACUUAUUCUCUCAAGUCUGGUAUUCAUCAGUGUUAGGGACUCUGCUGUUAUUGUGAUUCGGUUGACGGCGAGUGCUUUGUUUGCGAGGGGGAUUCUGCUCUAUGAGAUUACUGCGUUCACUACAGAGAAGAAGAAAAGGAACCUAUCCGGAAUGACUCUAUAUACGUCUUUGGAAUAG